AGAUGUUGCCGAAAAACAGCAAAAUGCCAGCAAUUAAGGAUAGUCACAUCGUGAAGAUUGCGGUCGAGUAUGUGGACAACACACCGCAGAUGUAUCCACAGCUGAUCGAAUUCGACCAGCGGCAACCGCUCAGUGCGAUCAUACAGAAUCUGUGCAGUUCGUGGGGCAUACCGGAUGCGGAAAGUUAUGCGCUCCAGUUCGAUGGUAUCAAUUACGUGACGGAGAAGAACCGGAACGAGGUAAAAAAUGGAACAGUACUAAAGUUACGCUUUUCACCAUCGAAAACAACGAACGACAUAUUGGAAAAGUUGCGUAGCGGAACGGAUGAUGAGAAGGUAGCGGAACUGAAGGAGCUGCAGGUGCUGAGUGCGGACAAUACGUUUGCGUUGGAGUUUAUUAAGGAGCAAGGAUUGCGGUUGAUAAUUGCGCUGAUUGAGGAUCAGGAGUGUGAGGAGCGUAUCCUUAAUUUGGCACUUUGCUCGUUCGUACAGCUAAUGGAGCAUGGUACGAUUUCGUGGGACAUUCUGGAGCCGUCGUUUAUUAUGCGCAAUGUGGCGUUCAUAAAUACGCCCUCGAAGCCGGAAAUCAUUCAAUCGGCUCUUUCGAUUCUGGAGAACAUAGUGCAGAGCAGUAACAAGUAUGGGCUGGUGGAGAAGGAAAUCCCGCUGGAAGCUUUGCUGAAGCUGCUGCGCGAUGCAACCCGAACGCAGGUGCAGCAGAAUGCAAUUGCUUUGCUGAAUGCACUUUUUAUUAAGGCGGACGAUGCAAAGAGACGUUUGCUGGCGGCGACGCUCGGUUCGAAACAUUAUCGGAGUGUGAUUAAUAGUGUUAUAACGCCUUCGAUGGGUGCCGAGAUGGCACAUCAGCUUUAUGUGUUGCAGACGCUCACGUUGGGACUGUUGGAGCAACGGAUGAAAACCGCCAUGGAUGUACAGGACCAAGACGCGCAGGAGAAAAUUAAGGAACUGCGUCGUAUCGCGUUCGAAGCGGACGGUGUUGAUCCGAUGCCAGACGUUACGGCACGCCGUCAACACGGUUCGUCCUACUCGAGCCACUACAAGAAGCUUGGCUUCAAGUGUGACAUCAAUCCGGCACAGGAUUUCUUCGAAACACCGCCCGGAACGUUGGCACUCGAUUGUAUGAUCUACUUCGCACGCAAUUACACGCAGAGCUACACGAAAGUGGUGCAUGAAAAUAGUUGCCGGGCGGAUGAGCACGAGUGUCCGUUUGGGCGUACGAGCAUCGAGCUGGUAAAGGUGCUGUGUGACAUUUUCCGCAUUGGCGAAUCACCUUCGGAGCAGGGACAAGAGUUUUAUCCGAUGUUUUUCACUCACGACCAUCCGUUUGAGGAGUUUUUCUGCAUCUGUAUCGUGGUGCUGAACAAAACGUGGAAGGAUAUGCGCGCCACUACGGAAGAUUUCGUGAAGGUGUUCUCGGUCGUGCGGGAACAGAUCGUACGGAGCAUCGUUGGACGUCCGGCAAGUUUGGAAGAUUUUAAGGCAAAGAUUCACACAUUUACGUACAAUACGAUCACGACGCUACGCCAGCAGGAACGUACUUCACGCGAGGAAUGCGAAUCAACGGCAUCCGCCAUCGUUAGCUUGAAGAAGAAAAUCACCCCGGAAAUAAAAGCCCUCAUCAAGGAGCAACGGCUCGGAUACCUUAUCGUCGGUACACGGUUCUGCAAGUAUUCGGGCGGUAAGCGCGAACGAGACAAGUACUGGUACGUGCGACUCUCACCCAACCACAAGGUAAUCCACUAUGGGGAUUGUGACGAAAAAACGGUUCCGACUCUAGAGGAACUUUCCAACAAGCUAGCCGUUAUCGAUAUUCGCCAAAUGCUGGUGGGGAAAGAAUGUCCCCACAUGAAGGAAAUGCGCUCGAAAAAAGCAUCAACACCGCUCGGAUUUUCACUCGUCCCGGAAAGCAGCGAACAACCGACGCUAGACUUUAUCGCACCGGACGAGGCAACGUUUAACUACUGGACGGAUGGAAUUAAUGCACUGCUCGGUCAGCCGAUGACGAGCAAGCAGCAGGAAGAAGACUUUGAAACGUUACUUUCGAUGGAGAUAAAGCUCCGACUGCUCGACACCGAAGGGGUGGACAUUUCCAAGGAUCCACCGUCGAUUCCACCCGAGCCGGAGAAUUACGAUUUUUGCUUCGAUAGCUAAG